AUGGCCGAAGCAUCCAGCACCCUCCAUUCUGUCGAUGACGCCCUCUCCCUUGAUGCCACGGACCCUCUCUCUCGUUUUCGAUCAGAGUUUCACAUCCCGACUCUCGCAGACCUGCAGAGGCCAACCCUCACAAAGUCUCCUGGAGAGGCGCCUUCUCCGCUUUGUACGUACCUGUGCGGCAACUCUCUGGGUCUUCAGCCUGUCAGAACCGCACACCUAGUCAACUCCUUCCUCACCCAGUGGCGCACCAAGGGUGUCUUGGGACAUUUCGUCGAGCAACCAGACUCUCCCCUCCAGCCCUUCUUGCACAUCGAUGACCACGCUGCGAAACUCAUGGCCCCCAUCGUGGGUGCCGUCGAGUCGGAAGUGGCCGUCAUGGGCUCCUUGACGGCGAACUUGCAUCUCCUCAUGUCGAGUUUCUACCGUCCCAGCAGAAAAGGUGAAGGGAGGUGGAAGAUUCUUCUCGAGGGCAAGGCGUUUCCGAGUGACCAUUACGCCGUUGAGUCGCAAAUUAUCCAUCACGACCUGGACCCGGCAGAAGCAAUGGUCUUGUUGGAACCUGUCGAUCCCAAAUUUCCUACCUUACCCACGGAGCAAAUCCUCCGCACGAUCGACGAGCACGCCUCAGAGCUAGCCUUGAUCCUCCUCCCAGGCAUUCAAUUCUAUACCGGUCAAUACUUCGAUAUCCCUCGCAUCACAGCUCAUGCCCACGCGCAUGGCAUCAUAAUUGGCUGGGAUCUGGCUCAUGCCGUUGGUAAUGUUGAUCUCAAGCUGCAUGACUGGAACGUCGACUUUGCCGCUUGGUGCAGCUACAAGUAUCUCAACUCCGGGCCAGGGGCGAUGGCCGGCAUCUUUAUCAACGAGAAGUUCGGCACGGUGGACAUGGAAAAUCCCACGAACAAGUUCUGGCCACGCUUGAGCGGCUGGUGGGGGGACGAUAAAUCCAGCAGAUUUCAAAUGACGAACAGAUUCGUCCCACGACCCGGUGCCGCAGGUUACCAGCUGUCCAACCCAAGCGCGCUCGACCUUGCAGCCGUGGUGGCGUCGUUACAGAUCUUCAACGAAACGUCGAUGCAGGAGCUACGGACAAAGUCCCUGCGCAUAACGGCGUACCUAGAGCGACUCUUGGACGCCAUGGCGUUGAGGAGACCGGGGAAAUUCGACAUCAUCACUUCCAGAAACCCGGACGAACGAGGCGCACAGCUCAGCAUCCGACUGGCGCCGGGCUUGCUUGACGGAGUGCUCAAUCAUCUCGAACGCGAAGGUGUCAUUGUGGACGAGAGGAAACCUGAUGUCAUUCGAGUUGCUCCCGCCCCCUUGUACAACUCCUAUUCCGACGUCCUCCACUUCUGUCAGGUCCUGGACGACGCUUUAGGCAAAGACACCUUGUCCACCGAGAGGCCGGUCCCCGCGUCAGAAGGGCUGGCGAGUCUCUGA